CCAGGAACCUCGAGCAAGGAAUCGCGUCCAAAGGUUGCAUCAAAGAAACAAUCAGUCGCUUCUCACAACUCAUCAAUCUCAUCAAGAGAACCUCAAAACAUUCACUUUACUCAUGUCGAAUCCAUCAUAAUGGCUGCCGCUGACGAACCUACAAAUGUCGUCUCCAAGGCCUCGACCCGAACCAGGGACGAGGGCCAAAUCUCAGACGAGCCGCCUCAGAAUGCUCUCAUGGCCACCCUCUCCCGCACAAAGAGCAGAACCAACACCCUUCUGGAAAAGGUCUCUCUGCGCGAACGCAUACAUCAUUUCACUUUUGCAUGGUACACCCUAACCAUGUCAACAGGCGGCAUCGCCCUGCUCAUCGCCGAGACUCCCCAUCGAUUCCGCGGGCUAGACACGAUAGGUCUCAUCGUCUUCCUUCUCGACAUUGUUCUCAUCUUCCUCAUUACGUUGGCCCUUUGCCUCCGCUUCUCCUUCUUCCGAAAGACGCCAGCAAAAGCCAUCACGCACCCUUCAGAAUCCCUCUUUAUCCCGACCUUCUUCCUCUCCAUCGCUGCCGCCCUUUCUAACAUUCAACACUACGCUGUUCCGAAAUGUGGUCCAUGGCUCAUCGUCACCUUGAGAGUGUGUUUCUGGAUCUACCUCGUGGUCACCUUCUUCGCCUCCGUCGGCAUGUACCACCUCCUCUUCACCGGCCGCAGAAGACUGUCACUAGAUAGCAUGACUCCGGCCUGGAUUCUGCCCAUCUUUCCCGUCAUGCUAUCAGGUACGCUAGCUGGCUUCAUGGCCUCCUCGCAGCCGCCAAAUCAAGCCGCUGCUAUGCUAGGCGCAGGUCUCGCGGCUCAGGGGCUGGGUUUCCUCGUCUCAGCUUUCAUGUACGCGACGUAUCUGUCCAGACUCAUGACCAUUGGCCUCCCCGUCCAACGCCCCGGAAUGUUCAUCGCAGUCGGACCGCCGAGUUUCACCGCCGCGGCCUUGGUAGCCAUGGGUGCCAACGUGCCCCGGCUCAUCGCUUCCGAGGGAUCCAUCAUCUCCGAUUCCCUCCGCGAUGCGGCUUAUCUAUACGGCAUGGAAAAUCCAGGCACCGUCGCUUUCGCCGUAAGGGCCGUCGCUCUCUUCACCGCCGUCUUUCUGUGGGGCCUGUCGUUCUGGUUCUUCUCAUCCGCCUGUCUCUCUACGAUGUUUGGGAUGCCCGAUCACUCCUUUCACCUCAGCUGGUGGAGUUUCGUAUUCCCCAACGUCGGCUUCACCAUUGCCACUAUCCGCAUAGGCGAGGCUUUCGGCAACGAGGGCUUGCUGUGGUUAGCCACGGUGUUCACCAUUGCGCUGGUCGCCGUUUGGCUGUUUGUUGGCUUUUGCUGUGCCCGUGCCGUCAUCAGGAGAAAGCUCGUAUGGCCUGGCCGGGACGAGGACAGCGACUAA